UAUGAAUGUUAAAAUUGAAUUAGAAGUUUACUUCACACACAUUCAAAAACGUUUGUGGGUAGGUCUAAAAAAUGGUAAGGCAAAUCUGUCAAAUUACAGAAAAUCUGUUGCUGGGAACCAAAGAAAAAAAAUUGGACCGAAGCCUGAACUCACAGAGGAGCAAAAGCAGGAAAUUCGGGAGGCAUUUGAUUUAUUCGAUGCUGAUGGCUCGGGCACCAUUGACGCUAAGGAAUUGAAGGUAGCCAUGAGGGCUCUUGGAUUUGAGCCAAAAAGAGAAGAAAUCAAGAAAAUGAUUGCUGAUAUUGACAAAGAAGGAACUGGGACAAUUGAUUUUAAUGAUUUCUUACAAAUGAUGUCACAAAAGAUGAGUGAGAAAGACUCCAAAGAAGAGAUUCUGAAAGCUUUCAAGUUAUUUGAUGAUGAUGAAACGGGAAAGAUUUCUUUUCAAAAUUUAAAGCGUGUUGCAAAAGAAUUAGGAGAAAAUCUUACUGACGAAGAACUACAGGAAAUGAUAGACGAAGCCGAUAGAGAUGGGGAUGGUGAAAUAAACGAAGCUGAGUUUUUACGUAUAAUGAAGAAAACAAGUCUUUAUUAA